AUGAGAGCCAUGUCUCCUGAGGAUCCCUUCCAAGACUCUCUAGAUGAUGAUCUAGACGGCUUCUCGGAGCCUGGGAGAGGGAGCAGGAUACGCAGCAGCGUCUACACCAAAACCCCUGAAAUGGAGAGCAACUGGUGAGAUCUAUGGGCCACAGUUUUGUUUAGGGGAUAGUUAGCUCUCGAAAACUCUAGGCGGCAUUCUGCCUUCUCAAAUCAAAUCAAAUGUUAUUUGUCACAUGCGCCAAAUACAACAGUGAAAUGCUUACUUACAAGCCCUUAACCAACCAUGCAGUUUUAAGAAGAAAAAAAACACACAAAAAAAUACAAUAUAAAAUAAUACGAAAUAAAAGUAAAAGUUCUCAGCCAUUAGCUUCGCCUGCCUCAUGUGAACUUCAACCCUGACGCUGUGUUUUAACGUUUAGAAACGUCAAUAAUCAUUGCUUGCGAUAUGGCUUUCAAAGCACAUGGCCCUUAUCUUUCAGUAGCAAGAAUGAAUCCUUCAAAUAAAAAAGAGACACUUACUGUAGCAGUUUUGCACAGAUCCGUACAGCUAUGGGUGCCCCCAUCCGACGAAACUACACUUCUGCUACACUUCCAGAGUUAUGCUUCCACACAGUUGUUUGGAGCAUGCUAGAUAGCUAAUUGGCACAGGUGGUCGCCUCUUGUCUUCUGUCUGUUUUCCGUAAACAAGCAAUGUUUUUAUUUUUAUUUUAUUUCACCUUUAUUUAACCAGGUAAGCCAGUUGAGAACAGGUUCUCAUUUACAACUGCGACCUGGCCAAGAUAAAGCAAAGCAGUGCAAUAAAAACAACACAGAGUUACAUAUGGGGUAAAAAACAUAAAGUCAAAAAUACAACAGAAAAUAUAUAUACAGUGUGUGCAAAUGUAGCAAGUUAUGGAGGUAAGGCAAUAAAUAGGCUAUAGUGCAGAAUAAUUACAAUAGUAUUAACACUGGAAUGCUAGAUGUGCAAGAGAUUAUGUGCAAAUAGAGAUACUGGGGUGCAAAAGAGCAAAAUAAAUAACAAUAUAGGGAUGAGGUAGUUGGGUGGGCUAAUUUCAGAUGGGCUGUGUACAGGUACAGUGAUCGGUAAGGUGCUCUGACAACUGAUGCUUAAAGUUAUUGAGGGAGAUAAGAGUCUCCAGCUUCAGAGAUUUUUGCAAUUCGUUCCAGUCAUUGGCAGCAGAGAACUGGAAGGAAUGGCGGCCAAAGGAGGUGUUGGCUUUGGGAAUGACCAGUGAGAUAUACCUGCUGGAGCGCAGACUACGGGUGGGUGCUGCUAUGGUGACCAAUGAGCUAAGAUAAGGCGGGGAUUUGCCUAGCAGUGAUUUAUAGAUGGCCUGGAGCCAGUGGGUUUGACGACGAACAUGUAGUGAGGACCAGCCAACAAGAGCGUACAGGUCACAGUGGUGGGUAGUGUAUGGGGCUUUGGAGACAAAACGGAUGGCACUGUGAUAGACUACAUCCAAUUUGCUGAGUAGAGUGUUGGAGGCUAUUUUGUAAAUGACAUCGCCGAAGUCAAGGAUCGGUAGGAUAGUCAGUUUUACGAGGGCAUGUUUGGCAGCAUGAGUGAAGGAGGCUUUGUUGCGAAAUAGGAAGCCGAUUCUAGAUUUAACUUUGGAUUGGAGAUUCUUUAUGUGAGUCUGGAAGUUGAGUUUACAGUCUAACCAGACACCUAGGUAUUUGUAGUUGUCCACAUACUCUAGGUCAGACCCGUCGAGAGUGGUGAUUCUAGUCGGGUGGGCGGGUGCCAGCAGCGUUCGAUUGAAAAGCAUGCAUUUAGUUUUACUAGUGUUUAAGAGCAGUUGGAGGCUACUGAAGGAUUGUUGUAUGGCAUUGAAGCUCGUUUGGAGGUUUGUUAACACAGUGUCCAAUGAAGGGCCAGAUGUAUACAAAAUGGUGUCGUCUGCGUAGAGGUGGAUCUGAGAGUCACCAGCAGCAAGAGCGACAUCAUUGAUAUACACGGAGAAAAGUGUCGGCCCAAGAAUUGAACCCUGUGGCACCCCCAUAGAGACUGCCAUAGGUCCAGACAACAGGCCCUCCGAUUUGACACACUGAACUCUAUCUGAGAAGUAGUUGGUGAACCAGGCGAGGCAGUCAUUUGAGAAACCAAGGCUAUUUAGUCUGCCAAUAAGAAUGCGGUGGUUGACAGAGUCGAAAGCCUUGGCCAGGUCAAUGAAGACGGCUGCACAGUACUGUCUAUUAUCAAUCGCGGUUAUAAUAUCGUUUAGGACCUUGAGCGUGGCUGAAGUGCACCCGUGACCAGCUCGGAAACCGGAUUGCAUAGCGGAGAAGGUACGGUGGUAUUCGAAAUGGUCGGUGAUUUGUUUGUUAACUUGGCUUUCAAAUACUUUCGAAAGGCAGGGCAGGAUGGAUAUAGGUCUGUAGCAGUUUGGAUCUAGAGUGUCACCCCCUUUGAAGAGGGGGAUGACCGCGGCAGCUUUCCAAUCUCUGGGGAUCUCAGAUUUUAUGAAAGAGAGGUUGAACAGACUAGUAAUAGGGGUUGCGACAAUUUCGGCGGCUAGUUUUAGAAAGAAAGGGUCCAGAUUGUCUAGCCCAGCUGAUUUGUAGGGGUCCAGAUUUUGCAGCGCUUUCAAAACAUCAGCUGUCUGAAUUUGUGUGAAGGAGAAGCGGGGGGGGCAUGGGCAAGUUGCAGCAGAGGGUGCAGAGUUGGUGGCCGGGUUAGUGGUAGCCAGAUGGAAAGCAUGGCCAGCUGUAGCAAAAUGCUACAGCAUGGGGAUAUGGUUUGAGGGAACACUAACCCUAUCAAGGUGUGUUUUAAUUUAACAUUUUGUUAUUUGAAAAUUAUUUAUAGCAGAUAUGAAAGAUAAGGUCCUUAUGCUUCGAAAACCAUACCACAAGUGAUGCAUAUUAAUGUUCAGACCGAGCGUUGGGGAUCUUAACAAAACUCCCCCCUACAGAAGUCGCCUUCAUCCAAUUACUCUUAUGGGUAAUGUAAUGGAACUGAGAGUCAUGACCGAGGGAUUUUUUUUUCCUGCGGGGGGGUGGUGGGGGUGGGGGAUCAGAUAGGGUCUUCUUGGGGCAUACAUCUAUACAUUUACAUUAGAAAAUGAUUGCAUAUGGGAGAAACACUGCACAGACACAGCUCUAAGUGUGGAUCCAACUGAUUUCUAACCCUCUCUCUGUCUUUUCUUUAUAUGUAGUUAUGGAGACUAUGGAGCAACCAUGGACAAGAGUCCUCUGUUGAAAACAUUGAUGGAUGCCGAAGCAGCGGCCAACUCUGCAGCCAUACAGCUCAUGUCAUUCAAGGAGACCCUGGAGGACGAUUUUGCCGUACGUGAAGUCCUUUGCAGUUGAUGUGCUGACAGUGCACCUGUCUUUAUUUUGAGAGGCAUAACAUGAUAUCAAAAUCUUAGAUUCGUUUACAAUGUUUAGGGUGUCAAAAGCAGAAUUGAAUUAAUCCUUCUGUUAUAAUGGACUCAAGACACUCUGCCUCUGAUAACCGGCGGAUGUCAAGGCAGAGAGGCCUUCUGCUCGAGAAGUUGGAGGUUUUUAAACGGAUAAACAAGUCUGUCCGACAGCAACUCAAAGACCUGCAGGAUGCAGAGGUUGGCAGUUCUAAUCUGAUGGCUAAUGACUACUACUUUGAAGGACUGUCAGCUAGCAAUUUAUAAGGGGGUCAUGCUUAUGACAAGUUUUAGAAUGCAUUAUACCUGUGGACGAAAGUAAAGUGUUAUUCCAACUUUUUAUUUUUCUUCUUUUUAUUAUUUUUUUUUUUUUUUACUGUUGCUUAAAAUAACAUGAUUUGACUACUCUUUUUGUCUCCUCUGUAUUAGGCGUCUCGAAUGGAGACAGACAAACACAUCGAUCUCUUACUAAAGAAGCUUACACAGGCUGAGUGUGAUAAUCUGGUAAAUUGCUUUUCACUUGGGGAAAAAAAUUGAACUUCACACCUCACUCCAGACCUGUAUUGAAAUGCUUUGAAAUGUUGACAUAGCGGUGCCAAGGCUGAAGAUUUUAUAAGAUCUGCCUGUUUGUUAAGCUCCUCUUGGCGGAUUAUAGGGUCAUUCAGUGCAGUAUGGCUCAGUGGGUUGCAACAUGGUGCUAGCUACAUUAAAGUUGGGGAUUUGAUUCAAUCCCACAUGGGCCACAUGUACUGAAUUUGUGUGCUAAAUUUGUAAGACGCUUGGGAUAGAAAAGCAUCUGCUACUGUUCACUAUACACAUUUGUCAUUUCAAAUGAAAGUUGUACUGUGAGUAAGAUAUAUAUUUAUUUAUUGUUAUUUUGUUUCCACCAGCAUUUGAAAAGAGAUUUGAAUGAUGAAGAAAAAAUGGUAGAGGAACUGAUGGGUUUGCGGAAGAAAGAAAUGGUAAGCAUUGGCCUUUCAUUUCAUAUGAAAUACACAAGCGAUGACCACAAUUUGUACAUGAUAAAACAUAUUGACAAAGGUACAAAUUAUAUGAAGGCAUUGUCCUCACACCAUCUCUUUCUGCUUUGAUGCUCCACAGGAGAACACAGAGAAUGCGGUCCAUUACAUUUUACAUUUACAUUUUAGUCAUUUAGCAGACGCUCUUAUCCAGAGCGACUUACAGGAGCAAUUAGGGUUAAGUGCCUUGCUCAAGGGCACAACGACAGAUUUUUCACCUAGUCGGCUCGGGGAUUAGAACCAGCGACCUUUCGGUUACUGGCACAACGCUCUUAACCACUAAGCUACCUGCCGCCCCCAUGCCACCAAGUCUGUGGAAACCACAUGUGCUCACCGGCAGGGCCAGCUACGCAGCAAGGAGGCCGACAACAACCGUCUCACCGUGCAGCUCCGGGUAACACACAAGUUCAGGCAUCAGUCUAUAAAUCUAUCACUUUAUUGUCCCAUUAGGGAACUUUGUAAGGACAAGCCAUUCUAUCUGUAGAAUAAGACACUGAGAAAGCAAAGGACACAGUUUGCAGUAAAUAUGAAGUUUCCAGCCUGUGUGUCUGGUGUCUGGGAGGGUUUGGAAGAAAGUCAGCAAAAAAUAGACGCAUUUCUGUUUCACAAAGAAUGGUGGACAAUAUUAAUUUACGACCCAUCCAAGAUGGACGUCGUCCGUGAGUGAAAUCCUAUUUGUUUUGAAAAGGCUAGGCAUUAGUGUGUAGAUAUGUCCCUCUCUUUUUUCCAGGGUUUGGAGAGGCAGUUGACGGCGCAGAAGCUGGAGAUAGAUGGUCUGAGGGGGGAGAUCUCCAGUGUUUCGCAGAAGGCAUCACAGGAGAAAGAAGUCCUGAAGAAGGCCACCCGCGCCCAGAAACAGAGGGUCCAGAGGAACGAAGCUGCUGUGGAUAAAUGCUACACUAAGCUGAGGGAGAAGGUAUGUAUGAGUAAUGUUGGGAACCAAUAAGAACAACAUUUUUACUUUAGCUACGGUGUCCCCUACUGAACACGACUCGGGUAUCCCGUUCUUGGUGAGUUCAUUGCCACUGCCAGUAAGCUGCUUUAUGUUAUGUUGUGUGACAUGAUGACAUGUAGGAUGUUCAGCUGGCUGAGGUUCGUUCAGAGAGGGACACAUGGAGGGAGACAACAGGAGCAGAAGACAGAUGAGAGAAUACAGCUUGAUGCACAGAUAGGACUGCUGAAAGGGUAUGUCAUUUCAAUCCUUAUUAUUCACAUUUUGUCCUGGACACAAAGUCUGGCAUAUUGUCAAUCCAGGUCCUUGAGGCAAUAAAUAAUGUUCUUUCAUUUUUAAAGGUUUUUCAGAUUUUCUUAAUUCCUUUCUUUAUAUUUUGGGGAUUUGUGUUUAUUGUUUUGUAUUGUUUUGUAUUACUGCACUGUUGGAGCUAGGAACAUCAGCAUUUCGCUGCACCUGCGAUAACAUCUGCAAAAUAUAUGUACAUGACCAAUACAUUUUCUAUUGUUGUUUCAUUACAGCCAAAUAGCAGACAUUACUUUGAAGCUGCAGAAAGAGAGGGAUGAGUUCACUGCUGCAAAUGAGGUCUUACUGCUGAAAGUGGAAAAACUCAACGCUGAAAACAGAAACAUUGGCCUUGAGAACGCAACCCUCAAGGUAGGAAAAUGAAACGCCAAUAUAGACCUUUUAAGUUGUGUGUGCACCACCCAACAACUAUUUAUCUAGUUAUUUAGUUUGACCAACAUUUUACCUUGAGCCAUAGAGUAGCCCCUGUAUAAUCUAAAGUAAACUAUCUAAGUUAACACACUUAAUGUAGCUCUACUGAUUUCUAAUUGUAAUACCUUCUCUGUAUAUUCUAGCAUGUCAUUUAUUCCCACCAUAAUUCUGGAUGAUAUAUUUACAUGUAUGAUUAUUAUUAUGUGAUUUGUUCCCACCAUGUUCAGGAUUAUAUUGGUUUAUGUAUGUUCCAGGCAUCCAUUGCUGGGCUGGAACUGCAGCUGGUCCAUUCUGAAGCAGCCCUGAAAGAGGAGAGCACUCUCUCACAGGAGAGGAAAGACCAAGCAGAACAGGAUCAGGGUCAGGUAAGGAUCCCACACACCCCAUAUCCAAGUUUCAAUACUUACUAAUCAUAUAAAAAUGCAUUGAGAGAUUCAUAGGUAAGGUAGAAGUUGUCUGUUUUAUUUGCCUGUUAUUGCACACCUCUCAGGUGGCAGAGCUUCAAAUGGAGGUGGAUGAUCUGAGAAUAAAGUUGGAGAGUGUUCUGAGGGAAACGGAGAACAUCAGAGAAGGAAGAGGGGCAGAAGUGGAGAAGGUAAAGUCUUCUGUUGGCUACAUUCAAUGUAAAUAGCUUUGUCUUAAAUCAGUUUUCAUCCUUCGAAAUUGAAGCAAAAGAUAGCCCACAUGUUGUGUAAGAAUAAAAUCAAAUUGCUUGAAAUAAUUUGACACAAACAAUAUUUGGUUCAGUGAAAUCAAAAUGAAUGUGAUAUCCUGUGUUUUUGAUAUUUGUUUUACCUCACAGUUUGCUGAAAGCCUUCAAAAGAUUCUCUCUGAGUAAAUACACAUCAGUGGUGAAUGGGAAUGUCCAGCUUCCUAUGCUUGUAUUGCCAGUCGUGGUCUAGUCAGUGAGAGCUACUUAGACAGGUGUGGCCAAUCAGUCAUUAACAUUUCUCUGCGCCCCUGCUGGCCGGCACGCCCCUCCCCCAUGGACCCCAGGUGAGACUGGAGCUGGAGGGGUGCGUGAGGGAGCUGGAAGAGUACCCAGAGUUACUGAGUGCCACAGAGCAGAGUCUUACGGAGUGCCAGGACAACCUGAAGCCCUCCGAGAAGAGAUGUGCAGACAAGGCAGAGGCCAUUAGACAACUGCAGGUCAAGGUGUGCAAUUUAGCAGUAAGACUAUGGUAACCUGUAGAUGGGCAAGUAAGUGCUGUUGGAGUACAGUACAGUAUGUAGAAUGUGGCCAUUUACCACUUCCAACCACCAGAUGGCAGAAACCCUAUGUGUUGGAUUCCCUUUAUAGUGUUAUAAUCACAAUGGUUAUAAUGCUGCAUCCCCAACCCGGUCCUGCUUUGACUUGGUGUUAAGGUUUGUGAUUGAAUGUGCUCAGAUUGCAGUGGGAAGAGAGUAAGGUCGCAACCCUAUGUGCCCCUGUUAAAUGUUUGUGAAGCCUUGAUGAUCGCCUUAAGCUGAUUUACAUUAAACAUUUACAUUUACAUCAUUUAGCAGACGCUCUUAUCCAGAGCGACUUACAGUUAGUGAGUGCAUACAUUUUUCAUACUGGCCCCCCGUGGCACUCGAACCCACAACCCUGGCGUUGCAAGCGCCAUGCUAUACCAACUGAGCUACAGGAGGUCUAGUAGUUAGUUGUUGUUGUGUGGGUCAACAGUUAGGCAGCGAGUGAAAUUACAACAGUGCUGAAACAUGAAUAGAAACGCAAUCAAUGCUUGCCUUUGAAUGUUGCUCAUGCCACUUUUGUGCAGUGUUGAGUGUGCUGUGUUGAUAAAUUGAUAAGCCAAUGUAAUUCCAGUCAUUGCAUGGUACAGAUCUACUAUCUUCAUUUGAUCACUCUGUUGUCACAGAGAAUAUUCCCGCGCAGCAGGAAAUGUACAUUUGAGUGUAUUCAAGGUUUAAAAAGGCUUCUAAAGUUUGUAUUUUCCACUUUAAAAUGUCUGACUUGAUUUGCCCUAACAAAAAAAUGCAUCAACCCCUACAAAAAUGUCCAUUCAUUAUAAUCCACAUAAUAAUUCACAUUUCCUGUUGCUGCAGGAUUCUUUUCCUGCUGUGAGAAGCAGGGUCAAAUGAAGUGCAUCUGUACAACUCUUUGUGGUGUUGUACUCUGUGCUUGAACCCCAUUCAUGUCCCCAUAUUCAAUACUAAUUGAAAAUACAUUCAGCAUGUAUGAUAUUCAGUCAUAGAGUAAAUGUUUUGCCCAACCCCAAUUCUGAAGACAUGAUUAUUCUCCAUCCAGGUGGAGAGCCAAGGGGAGAAGAUGAGAUCGUCAUUGGACAUGAAAGAGUCUAUCCACGAGGCUAACUCACAGCUACAGCAGAAAGUGCAUGCUCUUCAAAAGUAAGUUUAUCUUUCUCUCAUUAGACAUAAUUCAUACAUUCUCGCAUUUGAUUAUGAGUGGUAUUUUCUAAUGAGAUUCUUCUAUGUUUCUAAUUAAAAAACGUUCAAGCCUGACCAGGGUGAAUGCUGAAAUGUGUAUACAAUGCUUAUGACUGUUAUAUGUGUAGGUUAUGAAUGUGUUAAGAAGUCCUUAUGUAGCUAGAUAGGUACCCUUCAAGUAUCGUUGUGUAUUCCUUCCAGGCAGAUGGAGGAGCUGCAUGGAGUAGAACCAGGGGCUGGAAAGUAGUUCAUGCUCAUAUGCUCAGCAUAUAGUUUUACUCAAACCUAUCAUGUGUAUAGUAGCAAAUGUAAAUGCUCAGAAUAAAGGUGUAUUUAUGUAUGACAAAUGUAUGCACUCACUAACUGUAAGUCACUCUGGAUAAGAGUGUCUGCUAAAUGACUAAAAUCUAAAUAUAUGUGUGUAUAUAUAUAUAUAUAUAUAUAUAUAUAUAUAUAUAGUACCAGUCAAAAGUUUGGACACACCUACUCAUUCAAGGGUUUUUCUUUAUUUUUACAAUUUUUUACAUUGUAGAAUAAAAGUGAAGACAUCAAAACUAUGAAAUAACACAUAUGGAAUCAUGUAGUAACCAAAAAAGUGUUAAACAAAUCAAAAUAUAUUUGAUAUUUGAGAUUCUUCAAAUAGCCACCCUUUGCCUUGAUGACAGCUUUGGCAUUCUUUUGAUUUGUUUAACACUCCUUUGGUUACUACAUGAUUCCAUAUGUGUUAUUAUAUAGUUUUGAUGUCUUCACUAUUGUUCUACAAUGUAGAAAAUAGUCAAAAUAAAGAAAAACCCUGGAAUGAGUAGGUCUGUCCAAACCUUUGACUGGUACUGUGUGUGUAUAUAUAUAUAUAUAUAUAUAUAUAUAUAUAUAUAUAUAUAUAUACAUACAUACAGUGCCUUUUAAAAGUAUUCAUCCCUGUGAUGCGUGAUUUGAAGGAGUCAGGCGCAGGAGGGUAAAUCACAGUAUACAGAGUUUAUUCCGUAAUCCAUCUUAACCAGUCCAGUGCGCAAAACAGGCGCACUGGAACAAACAUGCACACGGGGAAAAUACCCCGGCAAUACAAAAUACUGAGCUCAACCGAGCUACUAAUCCUCACAAAGAACAAUCACCCACAAAGGACAAGGGGGGCAGAGGGAACACUUAAACACGUACUAAUGAGGGGAAUAUGAACCAGGUGUGUGUAAUUGACAAGACAAGACAAAUGGAAUGAUGAGAUAUGGAGCGGCAGUGGCUAGAAGGCCGGUGGCGACGAACGCCGAAGCCUGCCCGAACAAGGAGGGGAGGCAGCUUCGGAGGAAGUCGUGACAAUCCCCCUUGGCGUUUUUCCUAUUUUGUUGCAUUACAACCUGUAAUUUAAAUGGAUUUUUAUUUGGAUUUCAUGUAAUGGACAUACACAAAAUAGUCCAAAUUGGUGAAGUGAAAUUGAAAAAAUAACUUGUGGUGCGUGCAUAUUUAUUCACCCCCUUUGCUAUGAAGCCCCUAAAUAAGAUCUGGUGCAACCAAUUACCUUCAGAAGUCACAUAAUUAGUUAAAUAAAGUCUGUGUGCAAUCUAAGUGUCACAUGAUCUGUCACAUGAUCUCAGUAUAUAUACACCUGUUCUGAAAGGCCCCAGAGUCUGCAACACCACUAAGCAAGGGGCACCACCAAGCAAGCGGCACCAUGAAGACCAAGGAGCUCUCCAAACAGGUCAGGGACAAAGUUGUGGAGAAGUACAGAUCAGGGUAUAAAAAAAUAUCAGAAACUUUGAACAUCCCAUUAUAAAAAAAUUGAAAGAAUAUGGCACCACAACAAAUCUGCCAAGAGAGGGCCGCCCACCAAAACUCACGGACCAGGCAAGGAGGCAUUAAUCAGAGAGUCAACUAAGAGACCAAAGAUAACCCUGAAAGAGCUGCAAAGCUUUUUUUUUGCUGAGUAGAGUGUUGGAGGCUAUUUUGUAAAUGACAUCGCCGAAGUCAAGGAUCGGUAGGAUAGUCAGUUUUAUGAGGGCAUGUUUGGCAGCAUGAGUGAAGGAGGCUUUGUUGCGAAAUAGGAAACCGAUUCUAGAUUUAACUUUGGAUUGGAGAUUCUCAAUGUGAGUCUUGAAGGAGAGUUUACAGUCUAACCAGACACCUAGGUAUUUGUAGUUGUCCACAUACUCUAGGUCAGACCCGUCGAGAGUAGUCAUUCUAGUCGGGUGGGCGGGUGCCAGCAGCGUUCGAUUGAAGAGCAUACAUUUAGUUUUACUAGUGUUUAAGAGCAGUUGGAGGCUACUGAAGGAGUGUUGUAUUGCAUUGAAGCUCAUUUGGAGGUUUGUUAACACGGUGUCCAAUGAAGGGCCAGAUGUAUACAAAAUGGUGUCGUCUGCGUAGAGGUGGAUCUGAGAGUCACCAGCAGUAAGAGUGACAUCAUUGAUAUUCACGGAGAAAAGAGUCGGCCCAAGAAUUGAACCCUGUGGCACCCCCAUAGAGACUGCCAUAGGUCCAGACAACAGGCCCUCCGAUUUGACACAUUGAACUCUAUCUGAGAAGUAGUUGGUGAACCAGGCGAGGCAGUCAUUUGAGAAACCAAGGCUAUUUAUUCUGCCAAUAAGAAUGCGGUGGUUGACAGAGUCGAAAGCCUUGGCCAGGUCGAUGAAGACGGCUGCACAGUACUGUCUAUUAUCGAUCGCGGUUAUAAUAUCGUUUAGGACCUUGAGCGUGGCUGAAGUGCACCCAUGACCCUAAGCAUACUGCUAAAGCAACACUUGAGUGGUUUAAAACAAAUAACCUGUAAUUGAACCCACAAUUGUUGAUGCUCCAGAUACUCAACUAGUCUCAAGAAGGCCAGUUUUAUUGCUUCUUUAAUCAGCACAACAGUUUUCAGCUGUGCUAACAUAAUUGCAAAAGGGUUUUCUAAUGAUCAAUUAGCCUUUUAAAAUGAUAAACUUGGAUUAGCAAACACAACGUGCCAUUGGAACACAGGACUGAUGGUUGCUGAUAAUGGGCCUCUGUACGCCUAUGUAGAUAUUCCAUUAAAAAUCAGCCGUUUCCAGCUACAAAAGCCAUUUACAACAUUAACAAUGUCUACACUGUAUUUCUGAUCAAUAAUGGACAAAAAAAAGUGUAUAUAUAUAUUCAGUGGAACCAAGGUUCCCAGAAGGAAAUGGAAAGGCACAGAAGCCAAUUGAAGAUGGUGUUUUCUAGGAGUUGAGUUAGUAUCAAGAGGUCGAGGUUGACUUUUUGAUACAUCUCAUCAUCUCUAUUUCUCUCAUACCAAGGUGUCCAAAGUGAAAGACAAAGCUGUUUCCAAAGAAAGUUCCCUUCAGACUAAAAUCCUGAAACUGGAGGCUGAGAAGAACAGGAGAGCGAAUGAGCUGAAACAGAUUAAACAAAGCAAGCAGUCGGUGAGUAUCAGACACGAUCACCUACGAUAACCUACUGCAUACCAUAGGAUGUUUCUCUCAUAUACCUUAAAGCUAAUUCUAACACAGGACAGUACUUUUUGAUGCCAUAGCCAAUCAGACCAUUAUUAUUUUUAUUUUUUUAAAGAAUAGAAGUACAUACAUUUUUCCAUUCAAUGGAUUUAAAUCUUGGUGCAGGCUGAGAAGAAGUUUGAGGUGCGUCUGAAGGACCUGCAGGUCAGCCUGGACCAAUCAGAGAGCCACAAGCAGAGCAUUCAGAACUACGUAGACUUCCUCAAGAUCUCUUACGCCACCAUGUUUGAGGAAGGACUACCACCCGCACCGUCUAGCUUUGGAUCAUCCUACUUUUUAAAAUGA